UACUAUUUGAAAAUGUAAGUAGUGAAUGAUAAUUAGAUGUUCAAAGACCCAGAAAGAAGCUUAUUACACGGGUAUGUGUAUAUAUGAAACUAGUCACGCUUUCACUCUCUUAGAAAUGCAUUUACUGGUUUCAUGGUGUUAUGAUGGUCUUUUAGCGUAAAGCAAUAUGCUUUCAUGCUUCAUCUCUUCUCCUCGAGAAAGUUCAGCUGUAAGGUUUGGAGAAGGAAACCAGAAAAUAAAAGUUUUCUGCCGCAAGCUCUGGUUAUCCAGACCUAUUCUUUGUUGCGAUGCUGGACAUUUAAAGAAAUAAUGCGAAAUUGUUUAUUAAGAACGGAUAUAAGUUUCAGCUGAUGGUUUUUAUUAAUGGCAAAGGAAAAUGCCGGAGUUUCCUGUGUAGGGCGAAAUGAAGGCAAUGGGUUAUAUUUUAAGCAGAUCUAAAUGGGUCACGCACAUACUCGUAAGAUGCCACUUUAUCAUUCCAAUCUCCUUAUUCCUGAUAACAAAACGUUCAUAUGGCACCAAGUACAGUGGGCGUGUUAUUCGGGAAGAUGAAGAUGGGAGAUGUAUUGCAGUACAAGUGGAGGCCUCGCCCACUCUUAAAGACAUAAGAGGGUAUGCAUACCCAAGAAGAGAUAUAAUCUGCAGGCUCUGUCAUAUGCUCAAGAACCCUGAUUGGCUCUCUCAUAUAAACGAUUACCUUGACAAUGUAGGAAUUGUUUUGACAACAGUAGAACAUAGUCAUGUUUUGAGAGGAGAAAAGGAUUGUCUCAAGGCACUGGAGUUUUUCAAGUGGGCUGAAUCAAGACGUGGGUAUAAGCACGAUUGUUUUUCGUAUAAUAGAAUGAUCAGCAUAUUGGGCAAGGGCAAGCAACUGGAGCAAAUUAGGCUAUUAGUGGAUGAAAUGGAGAGGAAGAAUAUACAGGGUAAUAUCUCCACAAUUAAUAUAUUGAUUGGGGUUUUUGGAAGUAAGGAGCAUAUCAAAGAGGCUGCGAUAUGCUGCAGAUUGGCUCAGAAAUGGAAAUUGAAGUUCAAUGCAUAUACUUACAAGUCACUUUUGCAGGCAUAUUUGAGGUCGGAUGAUGUGGACAAAGCUGUGCAGACUUACAGGCAUAUGCGGAGAUCUGGGUACACGUUGGAUAUCUUUGCAUAUAACAUGCUUCUUGACUCGCUGGCGAAAGCAGAUCAGGAACUAAUGCAACAGCAACACAACCAAAAGCAUGAAAGUUGCUAAAUCAAUGGUUGAAAAUACUUUCAAGCUCUUUAGAGAAAUGAAGAAACACCACUGUGUGCCAGAUGAGUAUACAUAUACCGUACUUAUUCGAAUGCUGGGGACGAAAAACCGAGUGGAGGAAUUCCUUGCCAUUUUUGAUGAGAUGAUUGCAAAUGGGUGCACUCCAAAUUUGACGGCAUACAAUACAAUACUUCAUGCACUUUGUAAAAAUCAUAGAGUUGAUAAAGCUAUUUUAAUGUUUGGUUAUAUGAUUAAAAAUGGUUGUUGCCCUAACCAGUUCACAUACUCUGUUCUUGUGGAAGGUUUGGCAACAGAGGGCCAACUUUGCAAGUUAGAUCAGGUUAUAAAACUAUCCAAGAGUGUUAUGAAUACAUCAAUCUAUGGAUUUCUAGUUAGAAGGAUUAGCAAGUUGGGUCACGCUGCAGAGGCCCAUAAAUUGUUUUGCAUUAUGUGGGAAAAUGGAUAUAAAGCUGACAGGACUGCAUGUUUUUUAAUGCUUGAGAACCUUUGCAAUGCAGGUCAGACACAAGAGGCCAUUGACCUCUUGAAUAAGAUGCGGGAAUCUGAUUUGGAAAUUGAUAAUACCACAUAUAAUGUUAUAUUCUCAGCCCUCGGGAAAAGAAAAAAUAUACCCUUGAUUUAUUCUCUUUAUGAACAAAUGAAACAGGAGGGUCCUCUUCCAGAUAUAAUGACGUACAAUAUUUUGAUCUCAAGCUUUGGGAGAGCAGGCAAUGUAGAUGGGGCUUGUAAGCUAUUUGAUGAAAUGGAGCAGGGGUCAUGCAAGCCUGAUGUUGUUACAUACAAUUCUCUGAUUAAUUGUCUUGGAAAGAAUGGUGAGCUAGAUGAAGCCCAUUUCCGUUUCAAGGAGAUGGAGGAAAAGGGCUUGAACCCAGAUGUUGUCACGUACAGUACACUAAUAGUAUGUUUUGGAAAGUUAGGCCGGCUGGAGAUGGCAUGCAGGUUAUUUGAAGAAAUGAUGGAUAAAGGUUGUUAUCCAAAUAUCGUCACCUACAAUAUUCUUCUUGAUUGUCUUGAAAAAGAAGGAAAGUCACGUGAAGCUCUAAAUCUUUUUGACCAGCUGAAGCAGCAGGGCUUAACACCUGACUUUAUCACAUAUUCUGUACUUGAACGCCUACAGAGUGCCUCUCAAAAACCCUUGAGGCCAAAUAAACAGCGUAGUAUAACUGGUUGGGUUGUUAGCCCUCUAUCACCCAGGUGAAAAUAUUACAAUGAAAGAUCAAACUAAAUUGAAAGCUCUGUGCCAGCCAUCCUCACAUUUUCUCCCUUGCCCAUUCUGCAAACAGUUCCAACAUUAUCUGUAAAGAUUAUGAGCAUUGAAUAUAUGUAAUUUACAAGCAAGAUACAUAUUGUGCUCGAGUUUCCUCAGGGCGCGUUGAGCUUGAUUUGGAAAAAAUAAGCUGCAAAAUAGGAACUUCUAACCUGCAAUGAAAGAUGUCUUGUACAUACCGCCCUAUUUCUGUUGCUGCAUCUUGGAUUGAUGCUUUAGAGUUGCAUUAAAAACUUGAUGGAAUCUCUUUUUUUCAUUGAAAAAGUUGGACCACUGGGCAUAUACUACUUCUGAAGAAGCUUCUGUAGUUUCACUUUGGAGACAUGUAAAUUUAUACUGUCAAAACUCAAACCUUCUCAACGAUAUCCUCUUGGUACGAUUCCAUCUUCAAUUGAAUUAAGGAAUCGAUGAUUAUUUCACUUUUUGAUAAAGAUUUUCUUUUUCUCAAAAUAAUUAUCAUGCUAAUAAUAAAUGGGAAUGGAUUAUAUAUCAUAUUUAUC